AGUAUCAAUCAAUCGAACAGGGGUUCCCGCGCAGGCGCCGCUCGGGUUCUCCUGUCGCGCACACAGAGGGAGCCCCAGUGCCGCGGAGACAGACGGAGCUCAUUCGCCAGCAAGAGUCAUAUCACCAACACACACACACACACACACACACAGACACACAGACAUAGACACACACACACACACACAUAGACAGGCAGACAGACAGACAUGGAGCUCCUCUGCAUGGAAGAUGCCCCCAAAAUCCAGCGAGCCUUCCCGGACCCUACCCUCCUCUCUGACCACCGAGUCCUGCAAAACCUGCUGCACACCGAGGACAGAUACAUUCCGAGGACUUCUUAUUUCAAAUGUGUCCAGAAAGAAAUCGAACCCUCCAUGAGAAAAUUGGUUGCAUUUUGGAUGCUAGAGGUGUGCGAAGAGCAGAAAUGCGAAGAGGAAGUCUUUCUGUUGGCUAUGAAUUAUCUGGAUAGAUUUUUAUCUUCGGUUCCCACUAGAAAAUGUCACCUCCAGCUGCUAGGGGCAGUCUGCAUGUUCUUAGCAUCAAAACUGAAAGAGACGAUCCCCCUGACAGCUGAGAAACUCUGCAUUUACACAGACAAUUCAAUCACCCCAGAAGACCUCCUGGAUUGGGAGAUAGUUGUCCUUGGGAAACUGAAGUGGGAUCUCUCAGCCAUAACUCCAAAUGAUUUUAUUGAACAUAUCCUGGGGAAGCUGGCCUUUCCAGUGGACAAGCUGGAACUUAUUAAGAAACACACUCAGACAUUCAUUGCCAUGUGUGCUACAGAUUUCAAUUUUGCCAUGUAUCCACCUUCAAUGAUAGCAACAGGAAGCAUAGCUGCAGCAAUCCGUGGACUUGGCAUCCCUUGCCGCUCCCUUUCAGACGAGUCUUUGACUGAGCUGCUGGCCAAGAUCACCUGCACAGAACUGGACUGCCUGAAGGGUUGCCAAGAACAGAUUGAAGCUGCCUUGGCCGAGGGCUUAAAACAAUCUCAACAACAGCAGGAGCAAACCAUGUCAUCAAAGACUGUACAUGAGCCAGACCAAAUCAGCACUCCUACAGACGUAAGGGAUGUCAACCUGUGAUCAUCCAUGUGCAAUUUUUUUUAAAAUCAAUGCAGAGCUAUGGGUGCAAAUAUAGUGUUUGCUAUUUUAGUACUAUUUAGUGCUAUUUUAUAGAGAGAAAAAGCCUGCAGUUAUACACAAAAAGAUCCUACUUCUAUCUGUCAUGUGGGGUGAAAACACUGAAGAGGACACAGACUUGAAAAGAGAAACGACAAAUGUAGCAGUGAUCAUCGUGUGAAAUUCCCGCACCCUGCAACUGAUUAUAUAUGGAAGGUUUGAUUGUGAUUUGUUGACCAGCCAGCACUGAAUAUAGCUGCAAAUUGUGAAGUUGGCAGAUUGUAAUAAAUAUUCAGGGGUCUGGUUUCUAAAUUUUAUUUUUUAGUGCCUUUACAAAAAUGUCCAUUUAAAAAAAGUGCAAGGUACUUGUUUUUAAAGCCAUUAUUUUGGUUUUAACUUAUUUGGUACUAGUCAUGCAGUUUGAUAACAUCUAGCAUCUUUCUCUCUCUCUCUCUCUCCCUCAAACAAAAAGCAAAAGAUCUAAACUGAACAUUAUCCCACAAUUUAAAAGGGAUAUAUUGUAUUAUUUUGCCUAAAAAACUUAGUACAAUUAAUAUGUCCAUUCAUUUAAUGAGAAAAUUAUCCAGCACCAUCUGAUUCACUGUAUGUUUAUAUCAGUAUUGAUAUUUUGCUUAAUGGAGACAAUCUGAUAAGUGGGACAUUUUAAUUUUAUAUUGUGAUGUCCCAAUUAACAGACUUUGACUAUUUUGCACAAUGAUGUACAAGAAUAUAAUUCUAUAAUAUAUAGAUUAGUACUGCUAUUUUGGGACAUUUUGAUUGACAUUGUGUACAAGUGUCUAAUUGUAUAUAUUUAAAAUAGGGCUGUAACAGGAAGUAAGAUUUGUUUUUCCUAGAGGGGCAUGACAUUGGGAAAUGAGGCAGUGGGGAUAAAGCAGACUAAAGUUCUGAAACAAAAUGUCUCUGCUGGUAGUUUUGAGACUGGUGCAGUGCUUAUUUAAAAAUAUAUAUGUAUACGCACACAUGCAUGUAAAUGGAGUACUGGUUUCUUGAUAAUAGAAUGUAUACCAACUGCUUUAUAUCUAAUGAAAUAUAUUUAAUGACCUUUAACAACAUCGCAGAAACCAGAAAUUCUGGUGGUAAAACAAAAGGACCACAGAGCAUCAGAGAGGGCUAUGAAAAGUCCACUACAAUCUUUACAAUGCUUAUCAAAAUUUUACAAUUCAAACCAAAUCUAUUUUAAAACUUAAUUAUUGUAAAGAUUACAGUAGACUUGGCACUUCUAUUUUUGAUUAAACAGACCCGACCCGCAUUGACCUGGUAAAAUAAUUUGUUCUGAGCUAUGAUAUCUUAGCCUGUUAGAGGGGUGAACCUUGCCUCAAAAUAUAAUGUACAUAAAAAUUACUCCACAUAAAAAGCAUUCAUUUGUGUAUAUUGAUAUUAUAGGAAAUGUAUUAGUUUGACAAAGAUUCUUUAAUUUUUGCCUCUUCUCUAGGGUUAUAGCUUCUCACGUGCAGAAUAUUAAUCUGUGGCAAGUCCUCUAUAAAGAGGAGAGCUAAGGGUGACGGAGAAGCCUUAAGGUAGUAUAUUGCAGAUUAAUUAAUGGGUUUUGCAAGCUAACUGCACCCACAUUAGUUGCCUGCAGCACUAGCCUGAUUCAGCAAGCAAAGCUAUGUUGCUGAAAUAUGAAAAGAACAAAUUCUCCAAAGCCACAUUCACUUGCAGAUGAGUGGAUGCCGGUAUGCUCAUUGGAGGUACACAUGUGCUCGAGUAUUUAUGUGGAUGCGCUAAGUACUAGGGGCACAGUUGCAGCAUGAUGGCCAAAGGGUGUGUAGUAGCAAAUUAUCUAUAUUCAAUCUUGCAGCAGAUAACUAAAGUGAUUUCAGCAACUUUUAUAAUUAUUGCUUCCUUGUAUAAAUGCAUCAAUUGAAGGAAAAAGUAUUGGUCAGCACAAGUUGGGCCAAGCCAUUUCCCUGUGAAGGCCACUCCCCUUUUUGAAGGAAAUUUUGCAUUGAGAAUUUGGCUCGUCAGGGGAGGGAUUUCCACAGUUCAUUAUUAUAGAUAAUUAUUUAAAUUUGUAUGCUGAAGCUAAUUUUAUGAAGCCAAUUAUCAGAUGUUUGAUAAAGUCACUUAGAUGUGUGUGUGUGUGUGUAGCUGUAGCAUGUGAAAACACAGACCAUUAUAAGACAGAGAAUCAGUUACUCAUGAGUUCAGCCGCCUCAAAAAAAAGUAUUUUUUUAAUAAAAGAUUACAUUUCUAGGGUUAAUGGUAAAAUCGCAGAAUUUGGCAGCUAAAGAAGGCAGCCAUUCAGCCUGACAACAUGCGUCUAUAUACUGCCUUUAACAGAAAAAUAUCCCAAAGCACUUCAGAUACACAAAGUAAAAUUGUGCUUGUGUAGCCUCUGAAAGAGUUGCUCACUUACUGCUAUUCCUCUCAUCUUUCCCUCAUUUCCUGCAGUGUUUUUCUUCAAAUACUUACCUGCUUCCCUAUUUAAAAGUUAUUAUUGAUUCUGUUUUUGUCAUUUAUUUGUUUCUGAUAAAAAUUCUUAAUAAAUCUCUCGAAAAAAAAAUCCCCAACCUCUCCCUUUGUUCUUUUUCAUAAUGAUUUUUCUGCCCUCUUACUAACUUAGCAACUAGUGGAAAUGUUUUUUCCCUUUUAACUUUAUCAAAUAUUUUUGUAAUUUGUCCCAUCAUCUCUCAUCUGUUUCAGUGGACAACCUCCAGUUUACGUCAUCUCCAUAGAUAAAGCUUAUUAUCGCAUGUGUCAUCUUAGUAAAUCUCUUCGGCACCCUCUUUGUGUCCUUAACAUCCUUUUUAGAGGCAGGCACCCAGAAAUGGACAUAAAUCAUUGCCUUGGUAGAGUUAAAAUUUUGUGUAGUAUAGUAUUAUUCAGUGGUAUCAUAGAAUAAAAAAAUGAGACUGGAAUCUUUAGUUUUACCUGAUAUUUUCUGGGCUGGAUUUAAACCACACCUCUGACGUUUUUGGCCUUUAUCUCUUCCAGCAUCUUAUACCUGGAGAUACAAUUCAGUAAAGCUGCAUUCUGCUUUAAAAAGCACUCGAUUCACUUGAUGAAAUGGUCCAUAAAUGAAAGUGUAGCAUUUAAGUUUUGCUUAAUAGUCAGUGAAAUGGGCAUAAUACUUAUUGUGUUGUUGCCUUUUAUUUUUCCUAACUCUGCUUUAUAGUUAUGCAUUCUUUAUUCCUUCAAUUAGUAAACAGACUUGUUUGCCAACUUUUAAUAGUGUUAAAUGCUACAGAUAUUUGCUGAUUAAGCACAAUACUUUAGCAAACUAGGGGCGAUCAGAAGUAUCCCAUGGGCUACACAGAUUUUAAAAGGCGAAUUGAAAUAAGUUCCUGAGUUAGUAAUGUAUGUGACCCAGUAUAUAGUUUGAGCUUAAGGGGCUGUGUAACCAUGCAAAAAUGCCUUUCAACACCAACUAGAUUGCAUGAAAUUGCCUAUCUAAGUAUGAUAUCAUCAUUUAAUCCACUCAGAUUCUUAAUUGUAUUCCUUCAACUCAUUCAUCCUCCAUAUUCCAUUAAAUUUGGCCUGUCAUUUAAAGAGGAGGAAUCGUAGGACUUUGUAUCUCUUCUGAAUUAUACUUGUAUAAUGUCCUGAGAACGCUUCCUCCUGCUCCCACGCUGCAUGUAAGGACUCAAUUUUAUUUUUUAUCCUGCCAAUAUCUGCCAUUUUGCCUCAUGAAUUUUUGGUUUUGGAACACCGUGCCUUGGAACACCCUUUUAAGAGUCGUAUGUGCCUAAUUAAGUAAAAAAAAUUAAUGCCUUCUCUGUAGGUGCUACCUUUUGUCAGGUAAUUGGUUCUUUAAUGGGGUUGGUCCUACUGCAGGUGGCGGCCAUGGUGAUGAGCCUGUUAUUUUGGACACUCUGCUGCCUCUCAUGGUCUCGGGCUCCAGUUGAAUGGAAAAUACAGCAGAAUGCUCUCCUUAGCAGAGAUUUUAAAGUUGCCCUACAUCAGCUGCUUCAUUUGCAACUCGUUUAUUUUGCUGAUCGAUAUUCAAAUAGCCUAUCGUUAGGAACAUUACAGAUUUGUUAGCUUGCCACCAUUAAGUCGUACAGCUUUUUUUUAAACCAGUGCAGCCUAUUGUGCGCCUUGGUUUGUAUAAUUAAUAGCACCAUAAUAGGGAGUCAUUUUCUGAGUAUAUGCUUAUGAGACUGGAACCUUGCCUGCUGCCUACCAUGUUAGAAGAUUGGAGCAUUGCAUUCCAAACCACCCUCAAAAUCUUGGUAUACGCUGAGUGCUAACUUAGUGCUGCUGAACUGUCCCAGAAUAUUUUAGUCCUUUUGUGUUGUGAAGGUUGUAUAUCUUCCUGGGCCAAGUCAUCACAUUUUGAUUAGUUUUUUUUUUUACUGAAAGGCAUCCCCUCAGAUUUUUGUUGAUCACUGAUCUGACAGGCCAAGAGUCUCUUUAGUAACAUGCUGUCCAAUUUCCUUUGCGGAAGCUCAUCUAUAUCUUGGAGACUUGUUAAACCAAAAAUUGACUGCAUUUUGAUAUAGGAUCAGCUUGUACACUAAAUAUUUAUGCCACAUUAAAUUUGCCAGAAGUGAAGGACCAAAUAAAAAGGGACAAAACUGAUGGGGUCUCAAUUUCUGGGGCACAUGCAAUUUACCGGGUUUUUUUUUUAAAAAAUCACGAUGCAUGAUUCUUUUUUUUUCUGUGGAUUAGGGCACUUUUAAUAAUUUUUCUCUGCUUGUCACUGCAAGAAAAAUUGAAGCUCGUUUAAAAGGUGGCAACAUACAGUAUCGUAUUGAAAUUAAGCAACUAUGUCCAUCUCUGGUUACUGAGGUUGGUACCUGUGACUCCUACAGCAGGCUAAGUUUGAAGCAUUGUGCAUUGCUGUUGCUGGGUUUGAUGAAGAACGGAGUGAUUUUUUUUGUUUUGUUUUUGUUUUUUGCGCUGCUAAAAGGGCCAAUGUAUUACAUUUUUUUUUUAGUUAUAUUGUUGAAUGAAACUUGCUGCUAUGUUUAUUUUGUAUACAGGAUUGUACAGACAACUGAACUCAAAGUAUCUGUUGGUUAAGGAGACUGUGAGAUGUGUGUCUUGGCUUCUCAAGGAUGUAGUCUAAAACUAUUGCAAUCUUCAUACUUAAAUGAUCCAACCUGUUCAAAAACCUCAUUUUUGAUAUUGAAUGCUGCAGUGGUUUCUCGGAAGGAGGGGAAGAUCACUAGUGUUCGCAUAGUAAGACCUUGAGAUUGACCUGUAAUCAUCUUGGGUGUUUUCAGUAUGUUAAAUGUUAAUAUUACUCCUGCGUUUAUUAAUUAUUAGUGAGAAGGGCAUAUGGUCUGUUUUGAACACAGUUUCUGAUGAGCUGUCCCAUGCGUAUGUUUGGAUGUCAGAGACCAAAUGAGAACUAGUUCAGUUGGUUGUGCAUCACUGUUUUAUGUCUGAUGAAAGAAGACCAUAACUUUGUUUGCUGCUUAUGUUUAAAGUCACACAGUAAAAUGGGGGCUGGGGGAAUUAUAAGAAUAGUAAUGUACUCACAAUACCUAUGUAAAUUUGACUUUGGUUGCCUCUUCUGUCUGCAGAUAUUCUACUUACAGUAUCUCAGGUUACUAGACAGUUUCUACAGUACCUCGGCUUUUUAAAGAUCACGAUUGUGUAAUGUCCUAAGGAGAUACCAUUGUCUAAAGCCCCUCCUCAGGAACGGGAAUUGGUGUAAAUGUUUUUGUUAGUCAGGUAAAGCACUAGUUUUUGUUCCUUGUGGGCAUCUGUUUGGUAUAAUUUUGUUUUCUUCCUUUCCUCCUUGUUUGGUGCUAGCUUCAUUGCUCACCAUGCAUUUUGGCGUUAACAUUUUGUAAACUAUGGAAACUACCCUGAACUUAUUACGCAUGCGUUGCUAAUGGUUUCUUUUGAGAUCAUAGAAUGAAUUUGUACAGCAGCAAUUUGUUAAUAAUUGCGUCAUUAUGUAAAGUUAGGGCAAGUUACAAAGCUUAGUCAGUGAAAACAGUUUGAGAGAUAACUGGUCCAAAAAUGACAUCUCUUUGACCAAAGUUUAGCAAAUGGUUGGAUGGCUCUUAAUACAGUAAUUGUGUGUUUAACAGUAACAUUCUCCAACCGUUUCACUGACUCUUUAUAUAAAUCAAAAGCAAUCGUUCAGAAUUAAUUACUGUGACUCUGACUUGUGUAUCUGAACCUUGAGAAAAUAAAUGCUAGUCCUUUGAACUUGGCUUUUGAAAAUGAGCUUACUUACAAGUCCACUGUAUACUAUUUUCAUGGAUAGCUACAUGCCUAAUGUGUCGAGUACUGAUGACUGGGGUUGUGCAUUAUUUAGAUAAAAGUUUUAGUUCACAAGCUCCUCAUUGGUAAAUACACUGCCCAUUGUGAAGCUGAACCAUAUGUACUAGUAAUGUCAGUUUUGGAGGGGGUGGAAAGAACAGCCAGGCUGCUAAAACUGAUCCCAUUACCCUCAGCGGGGGGAAAAAAAACUCAACCCGUGCUCCUGUUCCAAUUGCUGCUUUUACCCCUGCUAGGAAGUGAAAUGUACCAAGAAAAAGAAUGGACUCGGUUAUGGUAACCUCCCCUGCCUUAAAUUCACAGCUAACACUUAUUGCCAAGACUCUUACAUAAAAGGAUAGCUAGUUGGACAAGGCACGAAGAGGGCGUUGAUACUUGUGGAAACCUGUUCCCAUCAUGAGUCAGUGCCUUCAAGAGUGAAGGGCAGAAAAUUGAGGGUGGAGUUAGAGUAAGUAGUGAAGCUUGUUCCCUCAUUUUUGGGUGACUUGAAGCAGUGACAAUGAGCCAACUGUAAAAUUUUGUUUGGUUUUAUUGAGUAUUAACCAUGAGUAACUGUAAUGAGUUUUGAAUGAUCAUCCGGUUGAUUGCAUUUUACCAAAUGGGGACACUGCAUCUGCAAUUUUUGUGUUUUUUAGUCUAAGAAGUAUCUGGUACUUUUUAAGCAUUAUUCCAUGUUCAGAUUUUUGGGCCAUAUUAUAUCAGUGCAUUAUCCGACUAGCAUUAAGGAGCCCAUCUUGGGUAUAACAUGUUUUGAGUCUUGUCAAUAAUAUGGUCUAAUUCUUUGUCAAAAUACUGUGCAAGAACAAAUUACUUUUUUUCACUGCUUGUGAAAUUUAAAAGCACAACAGUUCCAAGAAACCAUGUGCUCAUCUUAUUUCACAAGUCGUGACAGAGAAGAAACAUAUAGUGGUUAACUGGAGGAAAAUAAUAAUUACAACAGGGUCUUAAGGCAAUGGGGUGCUUGUAAGUAAUUACUUUUGGAUUUCAGUCUGUGCUUGCUGUAUAUACUCGAGUAUAAGACUAGAAAUAUAUCUCCUACGUGGAGCAGCAAAUAGGGAUAGUCACUUUAGCUGUGGGUUGUAUCGGUUUUUAGAUUUCGCUCAUGGCUGGUUUCCUUCCGAGCAGAGCAAUUUCUCCAAAGCCUGGAUAUCGCACCAGACCAGUGCUUUCCUGUCAGUGGUUGCUGUCAGCUGUUGCACUGCCUGGCUUUUCCAGCAGUGGGGAAAUUAGCAUUAGCAACUUAAUCUCUGGGAUCCGAGGUGGGCAUAGAUGUGGCAGAGGACAGGAUUGAAGUUGGGUAAGAAAAGAACAGUCUUUCCAUUUAAAUAGCAGCACUACAAGAGUGGAGCAACAGCUAGCAUGAAUGCACAAUGUAAAAUGAGAGGAUGAAAGAUUAUUUACCAGCCAAAAAUAGAGACGUUUGGUGCAGAGAUGUUUUAUAAUAUGAGGCAGUUGGAUUUGUUUAGGGUUAUGUUUUUGUUUCGCUUAUAUAUGUGUUAUCUUAUACUCAAGUAUAUGUGUUUGUUUUAAUGUAAACAUUACAUAAAAUGUUAAAAUUACUGCAGCAACUUCCUCUCCUUUGUAACUUAAGUCCUCCUUACAAUCUAGUGUUAGGCGAAGAAAGUUAGCGAAAAGCUUAAUGAGUUUAAAUAGGUGGCUCAGUUAGUCUAGCAAUGGCCACCCAAUCAGAUUGUGCAGGAGAGGAGGAAGGAUACAGCAGUCCUAUCUAACUAGAGCAGCUUGGAUGAGUUUUAUUAAUCCUCAGCCAAGCUGCUAAGUGGACGUAUGGUGGAAUGCAGAUACAACUCUAUCAACCUGCUACAAGAAAGCCUCCUUUAGCUGAUCAUAGAGUAGCUUCUGCAACAAUUAUAAAGCAUUUUAACCCGACUCAUCGCAUUUGUCUUCCUGACUGAAGGAGAGUUUCUGUAUGUAGCAGGACUAGGGCAAACUCGAGCAGAAACAAAGCGUGAAUAUCGGAAAUUACUUCUUUGAAAUAGUUUGAUUAUUACUUAAGAUUAUCUAUGAGAAAAUAUACUCAGUAACUUUAUGCAGGACUGAAGCAUUAAUAAUACAUGGAAAGCACCAGCCUACAGCAUGAUCAAGGCCCCGGGGUUCAGCAGAAUUAAGAUGUCCACUACAUUAGGUGGGUUCAGACUAUAAUUAAUGUUGUAAUGUUCCCACAGUAUAUUGCCUCCUGACACUGGGGCAAUUUUAUCCAUAGGGCCAAAACAGCUGUGAAGUAGGCAGAGCGUCUGACGAAAGCAGUCAGUGAACUGUACCUUGUCAGCUGAGAAGGCCAAUGAAUUGACUGGUCUAGCCGACAGGUCAAGUAAUGGGCUUGGGGUACGAGGAGUCAUUCCAAGUGCAAGGCAUUGUAUUAUUGUGCCUCAUGGCCCCUCAAAAAGACGUUUUUGUACAUGAAAGUUGCAGUCCAUGCCACACAAUGGCAUAGGUCCAGGACCUCCAUUCACUUACUCAGAAAUAGCUUUCUACAUUGAAACCAGCAGAAAUGCUGUGCUCUCAUUUACAGGUCCACCUGAAAAUUGCUUUGGCCAUCCACAGCAGCCAGAGUCUUAAUUUUCUCUCUCAUUCUCCCUCUAAUUUCCCUUUGCUGGUUCGCUGAUUUUCCAAGCAAGAAACAGGAGGGCGGCAACUUUAAAACAAAAAUCAACCCCGCUAGCUUUCUGGGCUUUUACGUGAAGUGUGGACAUUUGACAGAAGUUGACCAUUGCCUGUAGAAUUGUAUUAAAACAACUGCCAGAAAGAUCUUCAGUUAAGGACCAUUCUCCAUUCUAAUGAGGGACUCUAUAUGUACCAUAUUUAGGUUGCUUAAUAGAAAAAGUUCAGCUCAGCUCAAACUAUACGUAAGUGUUAAACAGUGAAAAUAAAUAUUUGGGAUGCCAUUAAAAGUGGCUGAAUCUAAGUCGCAAACUAGUUGACCAAGUUCUGUGUUGCUAUGGCAUAAUUUCAAACAUAAGAUUUGGUCUUAACACAGAAUUGCUCAGUAAAAUGACCUAGUUCCACUAGUCAUUAGCAGUUAGAAACUUCUUGUGCAGUUGGAUUUGGAUGCUUCUUAAGCGAAUGUCAUGAAAUUUGAUUCAUGUAGGUUUUAAGUCUCUGUCUUAGUUGCCAUGAAAGUAUUUUUUAUAUCUUCACUUGUUAUCUCUAAUUGCAGUGACAUUUCUUUGUGAAUGCUCCAUUCUUGUGGUGUUUUAUACUUCAUACAUUUUGUUUAUUAUGUGUAUUUUUCCAGCAACUUGGGGCUCUCUACAAUUGUUCAUUACUCAAAUGUUUGCUGCCAACCAAUCUAAAGUGACAGUUUCAUCUAACCUGGGUAUUAAGCAGGGUGAGGAGUUUAAACAAAUAAUUUGUUGAAGGUCAUUGAAGUGCCAAAUGUUUUGAAAUGCUCCGUCCUGCUUGCUGCUGACUCAAAGCAAUGGAAACAUUUCAGGAGGUAUAGCACACAUGAGAAAUGCUAUCAAAUGCAGCAGACUUAAAGAGAACACAUUGGAUUAGAGCCCUACAAUUGCCAUUUCUUACACUUGGAUUUAUAACAAUGAUGUGUAAUGAACCUCUCAAUUCUUGUUAAAUUUUUAUUCAGUCUGCUUGUUUUAUGUUUUGUUCUUUUGGCAUUGGAGUGUGCCCAUGUCAUGAUUAAUUCUUCAGUCCUUAUCCAUAUUUUGUCACCUAUACUUAAAGAAAAAAUGUAUUUUUUGUUCGUUGUUAAAUGCAUUUGGUGUGUCAUAAAUACCACAUCUUCAGCAAGCAAGGUGUAACUUUGUGCUCUUCACCGUUUACCUUAGCAAUAGAUUUGUGUAAAAAAAAAAGGUCUGGUUGCUGACUGGGUAUGCAAAUCAGGAUGAACUCUCUGAGAAAGAAAAAUAAAAUUUUAAUUGAUGUCUUCUGAGGCCUGUUGCUAGGCUGGUGUUACAGUGCCCCAAUUUGAUAACAUCGAUAACCUUUUUUUAAAACUGCUCAACUGUUUGCCUGCAUUACAGGUAAGGAGUAUUGAGCCAUCAAUUUCACAACGCUUUCUAUCUGCCAUGGUUCUUCCAGUUUCAUUGCUAUUAUGGGCACGUGUGCAUAUUGUGUGUUUUGUGUGCAAAUAUGUAUUUAUACACACACAAGUGUGCACUUAAUGUCAAAUCCUUGCUAAAAAUAGAAUCUAACUAAGCUUUCCCACUUAACAACUAAAUAAGCCUGGAAACUACUGAGUGAUUUUACCAAAAUGCUUAAUGCACUCAUAAAAUUACUCUCCACUAUUUUAAUGGAGAUAUUGAAUUUUUAUUUUAAAUGGGUUUAAUGUUCAUGCAACAUCAUCACUCGUGUUAAAUUUUAAAAUUCUACUGUCGCCAAAAGUAAUGAGUAUACUUUGAAAGGAUGGAAUUUAUUUGGCUUUCAAAAACAUUGUUAAACCUGAAGAUUUAACCAAAGCUCAAGUGAAAUACCUUGAGAAUUGAAUAUGUGGUGGCAUCCCCAGGCAACUGCAUGAUUCCCACUGUCCAUUGUACAAACUUUGUGAGACACAGGCAGAGGCAAUCACUGAACAAUAAAUGCAGUUUUUCCAAACUAAA